ACGCCUCCCAGCGCUCUGCCCUCGUACCUGCCGGGGGCGGGAGGGAGAGGGGCGCACAGCGCGAGAGGCGGGCGCCAAGCGCGUGAGUCACUCCGCUCCCCCGGGUUAGGAGCAGGACUUCGCCUCCCGCCCGGGGUCUGCAUUUCAUCUCCAGCUCCGGCGACUCACCCCUGCAUACCGGCCCCCUCCUGAGGCUGGACCAGCUGCCUUUCCGUCUAGGUGAGGGCCAGGCUCACCCAAUCAGUGCUGGUGUCUACAAAGCUUUUACUGAUCUGUCUCUCAUACUUAGUUGGGAUUGCUAUCAAUCUGAUUGCUAAUGCCACGUCUGCCAAAUGCAGCAAGGAGCUGUGGAGAGUAGGAUGGACAACACUUACGUUCCUCCAAGGUGGUCUUAUACCAUGGUCUACACUGGGGGUUGACAAACUUCCUAUUAAGGUGUUUUCUAGAUUCUGUCCCAGUGCAUCUGAUUCCUGCUCUGUAGCUUUCUGAAGGGUUGACAUUGAGCAUCGUUAGUGAAACUCCACUGCGACCUGAGUGUACAACACAACAAAGGCUUUGAAGAUCUCUUUCAGUUAAAACCAUAAUGACUUUCUUGGAAUGCAGUCCCAGUGGAGCCUGUUUCUGUGUAGCCUGGAAGAAUACCUAACUACCAGCAGCAGUUCUUCAGAGGACUUAUAGAAACCGCUCUACAUCAAACAACUCUGGGUUGUUCAGGGGGAACUUAAGGCUAGUGGAUAUCAAUUCACCUGAAAGAUUCAACCACUGCUACUCAGAGCUGCUGCUGAAAUACCAUGUCUAAGAACACAGAGUUCAUCAAUCUGUCAUUUUUAUUAGAUCAUGAGAAGGAAAUGAUCCUGGGAGUCCUAAAGAGAGAUGAAUAUUUGAAAAAAGUGGAGGACAAGAGAAUAAGGAAGCUGAAAAAUGAACUCUUAGAAGCAAAACGUAGAAGUGGGAAGACUCAACAAGAGAGCAGCAGAGUCUGUGUUCACUGCCACAGACACCUGGGCUUAAUAUUUGACCGGGGAGACCCAUGCCAGGCCUGCUCGCUGAGAGUGUGCAACGAGUGUCGGGUCUCAGGACUUGAUGGCAGCUGGAAGUGCACUGUCUGUGCCAAAGUCGCGCAGCUAAGGAUUGUAACUGGUGAAUGGUUUUUUGAAGAAAAGGCAAAGCGUUUCAAGCAAGUUAAUGUUCUGGGCACUGAUGUUGUCCGACAGUCCAUCUUAAGAAGAAGUCCAGGAGCUGAAGAAAUACAAAGCCAAGAGCAAACCCGUCAGGAUGCAGAAAAGUCAGACACUUCACCUUCUGCUGGGCAGAAGGCCAGCCAUGACGGGCCCAGGAGAAAAGGAUUUCUUCUUAGCAAGUUCAGAUCAGCAACCAGAGGAGAAAUCAUAACUCCAAAAUGUGAAAGUGGGCGGAGCUACAGCUUGGACUUAGACAGCCAAAGUUUUCGGAGUUUAAAGUCAGCCCCUGGUUCAGACAGGGGAAGCACUGGUUCAUCCGAUCUCAAUGACCAGGAAGCUGGUGCUGGGACCCCGAAGAGCAGCCGGAACAAUGGUAUGACCCCAGUCACUCAGAGGUCACCAGCCGCAAGCACACGCAGCAUGAGCUCAGUCAGCAGUAGAAAGGAACGUGGUUUUGAAAAUUCCAUGGAUUUGGCUGCCACUGAAAGCACCUCUGAGGAUGUCACAAAGAGUCAUCACAGAAACACUUCUGGCACACCUUCCAUAGCAGUGUCCGGGGCCUCCCUCUCAUCAGACCGAAGUCGAUCUGAAUUAGAUUUGAGUGGGUCAUUUCCAGAAGACUUAGAGGAUACUGUAAGCAUAAGAAGCAAGUCUGUCCCUGGGGCUCUAGACAAAGACUUGGACUCUUCGGAAGAGACUGAAGAAGGCAUUGAUGACUUAGUGUCCUCCGGGUUUUCUGCAAAUACCCACAGUCUAGCAAGUGGCCUGUCAACCACCAGCCUUAACAGCAUGAUGAGUGUUUACAGUGAAACAGGAGACUAUGGCAACGUGAAGGUCAGUGGUGAAAUCCUUCUCCGCAUCAGCUACUGCUACAAAACUGGCGGGCUCUACAUUUUUGUCAAGAAUUGCAGAAAUCUGGCCAUAGGAGAUGAAAGGAAACAGAGGACAGAUGCUUACGUCAAGUCAUACCUUCUCCCUGACAAGUCCAGAAACAAUAAGCGCAAGACCAAAAUCAGAACAGGCACCAAUCCAGAAUUCAAUGAAACACUCAAGUACACCAUCAGCCAUACCCAGCUAGAAACAAGAACUCUGCAGCUCUCAGUCUGGCAUUAUGAUCGAUUUGGACGUAACAGCUUUCUUGGGGAGGUGGAGAUUCCUUUUGACUCAUGGAACUUUGAAAAUCCAAGUGAUGAGUGGUUUGUGCUUCAGCCCAAGGUGGAGUUUGCUGCUGACAUUGGCCUUCAGUACAAAGGCGAGCUGACGGUUGUUUUACGUUACAUUCCCCCAGAGAAGAACCUGAUGCUUCCACUAGGACAACUUCAAGGAAAGAAGACCUUUAAAAGGGGAAAGAAGAAGGAGUCGGCUGUCAUCUCUGGAGGAAUAUUAGAAGUGUUCAUCAAAGAGGCAAAGAAUUUGACAGCGGUGAAGUCAGGAGGCACUUCUGAUAGCUUCGUGAAGGGCUACCUGCUCCCUGAUGAUAGCAAAGCCACCAAGCACAAAACUCUGGUCAUAAAAAAGAGUGUCAACCCUCAGUGGAAUCAUACUUUCACGUUCAGUGGCCUGCAUCCCCAGGAUAUAAAGAAUGUUUGCCUAGAACUUACCGUCUGGGACAAGGAGGCCUUUUCCAGCAACAUCUUUCUGGGAGGAGUUCGUUUGAAUUCUGGAAGCGGUGUGAGCCAUGGGAAGAACGUGGAUUGGAUGGACUCUCAUGGGGAAGAGCAACGCCUUUGGCAGGAGAUGGCUGACAAUCCUGGGACUCCUGUAGAGGGUGUACUCAUGCUCCGUUCCAGCAUGGGGAAGUGUAGGCUCUGAAGGUACCACUGCACCAAAACGAGGCCUCCAGGGACUGUCUGGCUGCCAUUUCCUACCAGUAGCAGGCUUGGGACCUGGGAUUCUGCUUCCUGCUAUUUCUCGCUUGAGGGUAUUGGGACAUGAGGGGAGAGAUGUCAGUGUUAUGAAUGUUUAGGAUCUUGCCCAGUGUCUAAAAAAGCAUGUAUCUCUCUAUGUCCAUGGGCCAGCGCCUUCUUGAUUGGAUGAUAGAAAGUGUACCACACUGUCCUGUCAACAAGCAAAUUGUGUGGUGAUUCAUAGAUUUUACACCAUAAGGGAAAUGGCGCAAGUUUAUCUGAAACUACAGUUGAGAUGGGGGGUCCCCAAACUUUUUCUAAUUAUGAGUUACUUUAGAUUUCCUCAAAUGGUUUGAGGUAAAGGGGGUCACUAAAAAUGUAGAUCACUUAGAGAGGAAGAAGAAGGGAUACUGGCUACCCUCUCCUCAUCCUGGGAAUCCCCAUGAGCCAAAGAAGGCAUUGUAGGGGUGGUUGCUGGGGCAAGGGGGUGGCUCUGUUAUUGUAGCAAAGUUCUGGAUUAACCGGCUGAGAUUUCAAGAUGAACAGACAGGUUUUUCUAUGGUGACUAUAUAGUUUACAAUCUAAAUCAUUCCACUUUUGAGAGUAGAGAGAGCUAAAUCAUUACAGCAAUGGUAACCCAGAAUUGACCUGGGAAAAUUGGAACGUAGGGUCACCCUACUUAUGACCUAGCUAUUAGAGAGCUCUAUUGUUAACACUUAUUUUAUAAAAUGUUCUAAGCCAUUAACUAAAAGGGAAUAAGAAAUAAUGUACAUAUUGAGCCCCUGCUUGUGUCAUGUCUACUGAUAUCCCAUUGGUGAAAGGAAGUCACAUGGCCAAGCCCAAAAUCAAGAGGCAGGGAAAUACAGUCUGCUCAUAAUGCAGCCAUGGCAAGAGUAAGGAUGCAAGAAGGGAUGAAGAAUUGGGGCCAAUAGUUCAGUCUACCAUACUUUCUGUCACCUGGAAUUCCAUAUGCUUUAGCCACCAAACUUAGAUGUGAAGGCAGUAAAAGCUGAAAGGGAAGGGAGCUCCAACCUGGUUCCUCAUUUUGCAGAUUCCAAAUCUGAAGCCCAGAGAGCUGAAAUGACUUGCCCAGGAUCAUACAGAGGCUGUAACUGUAUCCAAACUUAAAUCCAGGAUGUGCCUCCUAGGCCAGCAUUCUUUUCAGUGUAGUCCUUGGCAUGAUACUAUGCUUAUCGGGGUGGACAGGAGGAUGUGGAUGGAGGAAGGUGGAGCAGAGUUGGAUUCUUUGAAUAGGAACAUACCUAACUCAGUCUUCUUCUGGAGUCAUAUUCUAGCCUCUCAACUCAUUUUUUCACUUGAAUUUAUAUAAAAUCCUUAAAAGGAUAGAAACUGGAUUUUAGUAGUAGGAAAGCUAGAAUCAUCUUCAGGCUUAUUGUGGCUAAUUGUUCCAUAUUCUAAAUUUCUUCUUGAGUUUUGAAAACAGAUUUAAGAAUAUAUUUAGCACUAGUCUUAGUAAAGGAAUAAGCAAUCCAUUUUCAAUAUUAUUCAAAAAUAGGCUAAUUCUAGAAAGUUGAGUUUAUUGAUCUAGUGUAGUUUAGUACAUAUGGUACUUUUUUUUUUUGCUGAGGAAGAUUAGC